GUAGCAGGGAUGCUAGCUAAUCAGACGAGCAAUGCUUAGCUCUGCUCGAAAGACCGUCAAAUGUCAUAUUGUUUUAUUAGAGAAGUGAAUUUAGGAACACAGGGGGAUAAGGCAACGUGACUGUGUUGUCGAAGGAUCGUUUAAAACCAAGAUGAUCGAGGUGGUGGCCUCCAUGGCCCGGGGCCCCGUGUUUCUCGCCGGGGAGCUCAUGGAGUGUCUCAUAACUUUCACCAACCCGAUGUCUCACCUUUCCACCUCUGCCAGCAGUGAGAUGCUGGCUUGGGCCAGUGCUCAGAUCCACUGCCAGUUUCAUGCCAGUGAGACCAGAGUGGCCCUGCCGGCUCAGGGUAACAAACAGGACGUCCAGGCUGAGAGCAACACAGUGCUCAUACCAAGCAGAGGAGAGCGAGGUCAGUGUGUGCUGGACACACCACCCAAGAUACUAUUCUGUGACCUGCGGCUAGACCCCGGGGAGAGCAAAACCUAUUCAUACAGUGAGAUCGUACCCAUCGACGGUCCUCCUAGCUUCCGUGGUCAGGCGGUGAAGUACGUCUACAAACUGACCAUCGGCUGCCAGAGAGUCAACUCGCCUAUCAAACUGCUCAGAGUCCCCUUCAGAGUGCUCGUUCUGCAAGGCAUGCCCGAGCCUCCGUUCCCUCAGGACGAGGAGGUUUCCCCCUCCAACCCGUUCCUGGAGGAAGAGGAAUCGAGCCGCAGGGAUGCUCGACCUUUGGAGAGAGCGCUGGACAUGCUGAUGGUCACCACCUCACGACGCUGCCCCCACAUGUUUAAUAUCACCAACAUGCGCGGGAAAGUGGCAAAGUUCUGCAUCUUCAAGACUGUGUACCGACUCGGCGAGGACAUCAUCGGCACAUUCAACUUCUCAGAGGGAGACAUUCCCUGCCUGCAGUAUUCAGUGAGCCUUCAGAGCGAGGAGGAGAUCCAGCCGCAGUACCAGCGGCGCCCCGGACAGGUCAUCAGUGUGACUGGACACGGACGACACAUGGAGUCCUGCCUCCACACCGCCUCCAGCCACUUCUCGCUCCCCAUCCCCCUCAACGUCACGCCGGGUUUCAGCACAGACAUAGUGAUCCUGAGGUGGCGCCUUCACUUUGAGUUCGUCACCGCCCGAGAGCCCAUGGAGCCGCCCACAGUUCUGCAGAACCAAUCAGAGGUCACAGUUUGGGCGGGGGCGGAGAAUGUCGAUGUGGAUACCUUCAGCUGGGAUCUGCCAAUCAAAGUCCUGCCCACCAACCCGGCCCUGGCGUCCUACAUGUCCCACUUUACGGGGACCAACAGCAUCAACAUCUGACUGCUGAGUGUGUGAGACUGUGAACCAGAGACAGUCAGGUGUGUGUGUGUCUGUGUGUGAGACAAAGAGACUGUUUUGUGUUUCGAGAUGAGAAAUGUCAGCGUAGAAGUGCACAUUUCAGGAAGAAAGGAGCAUUAUUAUUUUGUUGUUUCCACUGUAUAUGCAGAAACAGGGAUGGAUUCCUUAUGUAUAUUAUGCAAUGUUUUGCCUUCUUCAUAUACAUAUUGUGGUGCAUCUUAACUUUAAAUACACAUUUCUAUUUGGACCUUAUGACGUGCAGCUAUCUCUGACGUUGCGAUGCAUUUCUGUAUUUAUUUAAUUUUUUAUUCCUUUACUCAUGCACGCUUGCUUUUUCUCAUUUUAUGAAACAAAUGUUUCUUUUUCAAAAUAUUUUUUAUCGUUUAACUGUUUUCCUGUAGCUUGAGGAAAGGCUGUAUCAUGUAAAUACUACAAGAGAAAGAAUAAUUAAAAGUGUGAUUUAAAUUUG